AUGGAAUGGCUUCUGGCUCACUUGGAUCAACUCCUGACAAUUUUGGUCGUCGUCAACGUCCUCGUCCUAAUUGCAGCUUGCCUUCGUGAGUCUGAACAAGGCGAUCGUGAAUUCCAAUGAUGGUUUAAGUAAUAAUGAAACGACGAAACGAGAGGGCCGCGAGAGAAACAGCCGCGGCCAGAAACAGGGGACUCAAGGUUCCGGUCGUCCUGCCUCCGUGUGUUUUCGAACCCGAAAAAGACGCAAAAGAUCAAAUUGUUGCCCAAUGA